UGUGAAGCCCAAACUUUGGCACACAUCCGCACGACCAAAAGCCCUAAACCUUCGCCGCCUCUUUCCCAUGGGCGCCGACCGCCUCCUCCACCUCGUCCGCGCGCCGGCGACCUCUCCGGCAGCGGCCCCCUCGGCCCGUACCCGCGUCCUUCCCCAGCCGCAGCGAAUCUGCUUCCCGUCGACCGCCGCGGGGAUGCGCCGGGCUGUGGUCUCCUGCUCCAGCCCCGCCGACGAGGGCGGCAUGACCUACAAGGGCGCCGGCGUGGACAUCGACGCCGGCACCGAGCUCGUACGCCGCAUCCGCAAGUUGGCCCCCGGGAUUGGCGGCUUCGGUGGCCUCUUCCCCCACGGGGAUGAGUACCUCGUGGCUGGUACUGAUGGUGUUGGGACAAAGUUGAAGCUUGCAUUUGACUCCGGUAUUCAUGACACAAUCGGGAUUGACCUGGUCGCUAUGAGUGUCAAUGACAUUGUAACUUCGGGUGCAAAGCCAUUGUUCUUCCUUGAUUACUUUGCCACGAGCAAGCUUGAUGUCGACCUUGCAGAGAAGGUUAUCAAGGGGAUUGUGGAUGGAUGCCAACAGUCAGAUUGUGUGCUGCUAGGAGGAGAGACAGCAGAAAUGCCUGAUUUCUACAAGGAAGGUGAAUAUGAUCUAAGUGGUUUUGCUGUGGGUGCCGUAAAGAAGGAUAAGGUCAUAGACGGUAAAAACAUCGUUGAGGGAGAUGUCCUGAUUGGUCUUCCUUCCAGUGGGGUUCAUUCAAACGGAUUCUCUCUUGCUAGGAGAGUACUGGACAGAAGUGGAUUAUCCUUGACAGAUCCGCUCCCAAGAAAUGAUGGUGUAACAACUACUGUCGGUGAAGCUCUCAUGGCACCAACUGUCAUUUAUGUUAAGCAGGUGCUUGAGAUCAUCAGCAAGGGUGGUGUAAAAGGACUGGCCCAUAUAACUGGUGGUGGCUUCACUGAUAAUAUCCCAAGAGUAUUUCCUUCUGGACUUGGGGCGAAAAUUGUUACUGGGUCAUGGGAAGUGCCGCCUGUGUUCCAGUGGAUUCAACAGGUUGGGAAAAUCGAAGAUGCUGAGAUGUUGCGAACAUUCAAUAUGGGCAUUGGAAUGGUCCUUGUAGUGAGCAAAGAUGCAGCAGGCAGAAUUCUGGAAGAAUCGAGUCCUGCUUAUCGCAUCGGAGAGGUGAUCCAGGGUGAGGGUGUGCACUACGUCUGAGCUGAAGCAGCCCAAUAUUUUAGCCGAUGGGCAAAACAGCCCAAUUUUUGUAACCCCAUCUGAGGGGGGGCAUAAGUCCUGGAGUAGUAGCAGUAGUCGUCUACUCCUAUGAGAAGAGAAACGUGGGGAAUAAUGUUUUCUGGUUCCAUGAGAACUUGCCCUAAAUCUGGAACACCUUACUGUAUGCCUCUGGUGUGCUGAAUUUUCUUGAAUAUCAUCUAUAAAUUAUCUUGCUCUCCAUUUAUCUACCGAA